AUGAUGGAGUUGGCUGGGAGUUCUUCUGAGAGCAAAUUCUCCGAGAGUCACGGCUCUGAUAACCAACCCAUCACUCCUGUCUCAUCUCACAACCACGGCGAUAUGGCCCGAAGCAUCGCUCCUGGAGGAACACAGAACAAUUCAUCCGGCGAUGGCCCACAAUUCCCCGGGGCCAUAUUUCAAGGGCCCGUGAACUUCGCUCAACCUCCAAAGACUCCACAGGAACUUUCCUUGGAAUCACAGGCGCCUUGCUUGCAAUCGCUAGCCUUCCUGGACAUGGAAAAACGGUUGAACGAUAUCGGCGCUGCCGCUGAAGGUACCUGCGCGUGGCUGCUCCAACGCGAGGAGUAUAUGAACUGGAUCACCAAUGAUCGGGGGCUGCUUUCGAUCGAGGGAAAGCCUGGCUCUGGAAAGUCAACUUUGCUAAAAUACGCUCUCAAAAACAUCGAGGAAAGAUUCAGCGGUCAAGGCAACCCCGUCAUCCUCUCAUUCUUUUUCCAUGGCCGUGGUUCUGAACUCCAAAAGACACCACUCGGCCUUUUCCGGUCACUUCUCCAUCAGCUCCUCUCCGAGGUCCCCGAUGCACUAAAAAAUCUCCUUGAUCAGUUCGAGAAACGACGCGAGAAGCUGGGCGAGCCGAAUAAAAACUGGCAGUGGCAUGUAAAUGAGUUACAGGACUUCUUCCAAUCCUCACUGCCAGAAAUUUUGGAAAGCCGCCCAGUCUGGCUAUUUGUUGACGCACUGGACGAAAGUAGCGAUGACUACGCGCACAACUUAGCAAGCGAGUUCAAGACCUGGCUCCAGAACCUUCCACCCUCUUGUCUACAAUUUCACAUCCUCUUCACUGUUCGUCGCCAUUUGAUUCUGGAGUUGGAAUAUGGGCUCAAUAUUUGCCUUGAGAGUGAGACUACAGAGGAUAUUUCAACCUAUGUGGAAUUCAAGCUUUCUACUAAGCGUAAAGCUCCGACUACCGUCAUUAAAUUGAUCACCGAUCGUGCCUCUGACGUUUUCUUAUGGGCUCGCCUCGUAGUCGAGCGUGUUAUUAAGAGUGAACGUCAGAAGGUUGAGUGGACGACUAUUGAAAAGGAAAUUAUGGAUAUCCCAGAGGAACUUCACGAAUUAUACGCCGAGAUUUCAUCCGGCACAGGUAUUGUGCAGUUCAUCCACCAGUCAGUCAAGGACUAUUUCGUCGACGGGGGACUAUCGAUCCUUGAGAACGGUGUGCUCUCAGCUGAGACCCCUAAGGGUGAUUUGGUAGGACGCGCACACUACCAGCUGUCUAGAUCCUGCCUACGCUAUUUGGCAAUGGAGGAGAUGUAUCCGGUAAAGGAGAUCACUCACCUAGGCGCAAGUUAUCGCGAGAAGUUAGCUUGUGACUUUCCCCUGUUCGAGUAUGCCAUGUUGUCAUGGGCAUUGCAUGCAAGUCAAAGCGAGAUGGGGGGUGUCCCUCAAGAUGAUAUUCUAGAAUAUUUUAACUUUCCAUCGGAAGAUUUCACGCAACUUUUGAAGCGGUUUUCCCACAUGGUAUAUUAUCCGCUUACCGAUGGCCCAAGAGACAUGACUAGCCUAUUACACAUUGUGUCGCGAUAUGGGCUGAUAGGACCAUUACGGGCGAUCCUUCGACAUGCGGAGCAGGAUGGUUUUGAUAUCGACAUGCGGGAUACUUACGGUCGGACAACACUGAUGUGGGCCUCUAUCGGUGGGCAUGCUGAUGUUGUCAAACUGCUCCUCAAAAUACCCGAAGCUGAGGUCAAUGCAAAGGAGGGCAUCAGUUUAAACCCAGCCAAAUGGCCUCUAUUCAGGCGACUCUUCAACCUGGACAAAAUUGAUGUUAAUUUAAAGGAUAAUGGUAGCAUGACACCACUGGCUUACGCUUCAAAGCAGGGAAACAAGGACGUCGUUGAGUUGCUUCUUAGGAUACGUGGAAUUGAUGUUAAUACCCGCGAUAAAUUUAACCGUCGGACGCCGCUCAUGCACGCUGCCAUGAUGGGACAUAAGGCUGUGGUUAAGAGCCUUCUUAAGAGCCCGGACAUUGAUAUCAAUCGAGCAAAUCGUUACGGUCAGUCGCCACUAAGUUUUGCCGCCCAGUUUGGCCGUGACGCUAUGGUUGAGCUACUUCUCAAAACAGGCAGAUGUGAUAUCAAUAGCAAGGAUGGCUGGGGUCGGACGCCGCUCAUGGCCGUCGCGCGGGUGGGACAUGAGAUCGUGGUUGAACGCCUUCUUGAAAUAAAGGAUCGUUGGGGUCGGACGCCACUAUUUUUGGCCGUCAAGUGGGGCGAUGAUACUGUGGUUGAGCUACUUCUCAAGACUGGCAGGUGUGAUAUCAAUAGAAGGGAUAACUCGGGCCGGACGCCGCUCAUGGCUGCCAUUACCAAAGGGCAUAAGGCUGUGGUUGAGCGUCUUCUAAAAUUGCCUGGGAUUGAUAUUAGUGUAAAGGAUAGUACACUAUUAACAUAUGCGAUCUGCCAGGGGGAGGGGGACAUGGUUAAGGUCCUCCUUGAUACGGGCAUGUUAGAUAUCAACGAAAGGGAUCCUUCUGGUAGGUUACCUAUUGAUCACGCUACCAUACGCGAGGAAUACAACACGGUUAAGCUGCUCCUGGACGCAGGCUCGUUAGAAGCAGGCUCGCCGUGCAAUCACAGGGUGCUGGUGCACACCCAGAAGCCCUAA